CAAAUUUAGACGAAAGAAACAAAAAAAACUCGUUUAAAUCUCGCCCUUAAUCGGCCCAAUCCCCACCUCGCCUCGCGUUCUCUCCCUUCCCACUAAGCCGCAGCCGCAGCCGGAGCCCGAGAGGCAUCCACCUCCACGGUUCCGCCGCCGCCUCACCUCGCUGCCCGAAGCCAUCUCCCCCAUCGAAUCCCCACCUACCCUUCCCCGCCCCCGCCGCGCCCAUUCGCCUCGAUCCGGCGCUGGUCUGGAGGGUUCCUCCUCCCGCCCCCGCCCCCCCUCCGGGCUUCCUGCUGAAUCUCGCGGCUUCCCGGGGCCCGGGCCAUGGAUUUGUUUGCCUCGUUGGCCGCCGAGGAGCGGUGUCUGUACCCGGCGUUCCUCGCCAUGUACGCCGCCAUCUACUGCGUCGGCCACGCCGUGUUCCGGCGGUGGGCGCCGCGGCAGCGGCUGGACGGCGCCAGCUGCCUCAUCUCGCUCUUCCACGGCACCCCCGCCGCACUAGCCGCCGCCGCGGCCAUCCUCGCGCAGCCCCCCGCGGCACGGAGCUUCGCUGCGCCCAAUACCACCCUACAGGGCCACGUCCUCGACUACAGCGUCGCCUACUUCACCAUGGACCUGCUCCACUACCUCGCCUUCCUGCCCGGGGACUACCUCUUCAUCGCGCACCACCUCGCCACGCUCUUCGUCUUCCUCACCUGCCGCUACCUCGUCCGCCACGGCGCCUUCGCGCUCCUCGUCCUCCUCGUGCUCGCCGAGGCCACCAGCCUGCUGCAGAACGUCUGGACACUCGCCGGGAUCUGGCGGGACCAGUCCCCCGCAGCCGCACGCGUGUACGGCGUCCUGUCGCCGCCCUUCUACGUGCUGUACACGCUCGUCAGGGGCGUCGCCGGCCCGCUCUUCUUGCUCAAGAUGAGCGUUUUCUACCUGUCCGGGCAGGCCGUCGACGUCAUCCCGUGGUGGGUGCGGAUCUCUUGGAUCGCCGUUGUCGGCACCGCCAUAGCGGUGAGCAACCUGUGGAUUUGGAACCUCUGGAAGGAGCUUUUCAGUGAACGGAAGCAAGUCGUGGCAAAGAAAGCCACAUAGCUCUAACUCUGACCAUGUACGGUGUACCAUGUAGCAGCUGAAUCUUUCAAAGUUGCUGCGACAAUCGACACGGAUGAUGAGGAUGAUUGUUUUGAUGAUCUGGUAAAAGCUGAUCUCGGAUGACAUUGGUGGAGAAUGCUUAUCUGUAAGAUAUCUCUUCAUUCUUUCAUUGAAAAAUCAGGUCAGAAAACUAGUUUAGUGUGCUCCUCUUCACAUUGGCAUUGUGUGAGAAAUUGUUUGAAGCGUGUGUUAUCUCUAGUGUUUGGUCAAAAUGUACGAAUGGAAUACUUGAUAAACAAUGGCAAAUGGGUAUUACGUUGUUUAA